UUAAAUGCUCCAGACUGAAUUGGGAAGCCAGAUACGAGUGAUUGUCAGUUAGCCUGGACACUGGAUGCUGGGACCCGUGUACAUCAUGCAUCAGCUUUUCAGUGCGGUGCUGGGACAAAGGGAUCUAUCUCGUGCGGGAGAUCUUUUCUCUCUGGAGGACACUGAAAUUGAAGACAGUCUAUCGCACGCUCUUGAGCAAAUCAAACUGAUUUCCUCUUCACCAGAUUAUCUGACCAAUAGCAAUGAUCAGGCGGUGGUGGAAAUCUGCAUUACCCGAAUUACGACUGCUAUUAGAGAGACCAAAUCAAUUGAGAAGCAUGGAAAGGCUUUAGUAGCAUUAUGGGAAUCGUGCUUAGAACAUAAUCUGAAACCUGUCAGCAAGGAUGAAGAUACUCCACAUGCCAAAAUCGCUUCCGAUAUAAUGAGUUGCAUCUUUCAGAAUUACAAUAAUCCAACUGUAAUGGCUCUUGGCGUUCCAGUAGCGGUGAAGUUCUUGCAGAUGGGGAACAAGGAGCUGUGUCACAACAUGUCGAGCUACCUGUCGCUGGCUGCCAUUGGCAAACCAGACCUCUUGGCAAGACACACGCAGACCAUUGUAAACAGCGUGCUUCAGGGCAAUUCCAUGUUGCUACGUGUUCUGCCUUCUGUGUACGAGACGCAGCCUGAACCCAUUAACCGCUACAUGACGGAACUGGUCAGCCUGAUGUCCCAACUGGAAGCGCCUGGGAGGCAACAUCUUCUCCGUCUUCUUCAACUGGUCACUAAGCACCACCCUGGGGCACUAGACAAAUCCAUCCUGUCUUUGAUUAGCCAACUGAGAGAGCCCAGCCAAACUGACUUCAUCCGAAAUGUAUUGGUGGAUCUGGUGACCUCCAAUCCAUGCAUUCUGGACAAUUCCUUUGAAAACCUGAAGGAAAUCGCUCAAGGCUGCCCCACUCUCCUGGGACAAAUUGCAAAGAUUUUUGGAGCUGUAGGAUGUAUUAAUGAGGAAAAGGCAAGGAGCUGCCUGUCUUAUCUGGUGACUCAGCUGGCAGAUGCGGAACAUUCGUUUCAUCACAUCCUACUUUUGGAAAUUAAAGGCAUCACUGACACAUUCGGAAGCAUUCUCGGCAACCAGAGCAAAGAUGUGUAUGACAACAGUAACAGCUAUGCGGCAAUCGCAAAGUUUCUGGAUAAGCAUCUUGCAAAAGACAUUGCAGCAACUACAAGGACAGAAAGUGCUGCUAAAACCGAAGCCUCUUCACACUCUUGUAGUUCUGAAUCUGUCGCCAAUCAAUCUUCAGGAGACAAUUGCUUCCAUUUCAAAAGGCGAGCAUCUGAAGGGAGGAUUAGCAACGAGAUCGCAUCCCCCCGACACCACCGAUACAGCCUGGAACCGACGUCAAAGGAGGAAUGGAAAGAAAUUAGAUUUAACAGAUCCAAAAGCCUGGCUCUACACUCUGUGUGCACAAGGUCAGAAAACUCAGAAAACGACGAAGGAGAAAUUGGAGACAUGACCGCGGCUAUCUCACUUUCGGAUGGAGCGCUCAGUCAACAGAAUGUAAAACAACCUUUGGGUCAAGAGCUCAGUGAUUGUAAACCUCAAGAGCAUCCUGUUUCUGGUUCCCACGUUACGCCAAAGCAGAUGCGAAGCUCCUGCGACAUCAGCGGUGCUAACUGUGAGAAGAGCCGGGAGGAGAGAAUGAAGUGUAACACAAAAGCACAAGAUCAACUCCAACUACAUUUGAAAGGAAGAUUGAAUGAAGUGAAGGCAUUUUUUGUUGAACUGGUGAAAAGAAUUCCGGUCCCUGACCAGUGUGUCAUUGAAGAUUCCAUUAGUAGAUGUGCUGCUACCUUGUUCUUCAGCUGCCCACAGAGAGGAUACUAUUGCCUGUACAGUAAAUCAAGCUUCACCCUCAGCAGUCCACAGCCUCAACUCUGGAUCCAGGUCAUGUUCCUCUUUCAGCAGAGCCUUUCAACAGUUCCGCUCAGUAGCCAGGACACAUCAGUGCAGGUCCUUAAAGCCCUGUGGGAGAGAGCACAGCUGAAGGGAGCUCACAGCUUCGAAGCGGCAAUGAUCCAGACAACAAUCCCCUACAAGAAGGAUCUGGACAGUCUACGCAUACACCUUGAGGAAGUUCGGUUCUUUGACCUGUUUGGCUACAGCGAGGAAACGGGAGUCUGGCAGUGUUUCAUGUGCAACAAUCCGGAAAAGGCAACGGUUGUGAAUCAGGAUGGUCAGCCGCUCAUUGAAGGCAAGCUCAAAGAAAAGCAGGUCAAAUGGAAGUUUAUAAAACUAUGGAGGACCCGUUAUUUCACUCUGGCUGGAAAUCAACUUUUCUUUCGGAAAGGGAAAUCAAAAGAUGAUCCAGAUGACUGUCCAAUUGAGCUGAGCAAGGUACAGAGUGUGAAAGUCAUUGCGAAAAAACGGAGAGACCGUAGUCUGCCUCGAGCCUUCGAAAUCUUCACGGACAACAAGACCUAUGUCUUCAAGGCGAAGGAUGAGAAGAAUGCCGAGGAGUGGUUGCAGUGCAUUAAUGUCGCUGUGGCCCAAGCAAAGGAGAGGGAGAGCAGAGAGGCAACUACAUACCUCUGAAGAAACUACUCCACUAACAUUCAGGCACUCUAGCUGCCAAUAAUGCGAUCAGAACAUUCCUCUCUCUGAAGCUUUUGCUGCUUUAUCUCACCGCAGGUCACUAUGGUGUCUGAGGAGCAAAGCUGAUUCGAGACGGUGGGUCUGUGUGAGGCUGGAAUAUUAAUAUUGCUCUUCAGGUAAUGAGUGUAUUUAUAACUUUAACAUUUUCAUUAAAAUAAAAUCAGAUGGGAUAAUGCAUUGAAUAGAAAGCGUUGGCUUCCCACUUCCCUUCCCUAGUUUAUUUACCAAAGAAAACAAAUUUUUCCAGGGUCAAGUAUUUACCCAGUGUCAGGUUACAAUGAUCUUUGUUCUGAUUCUGCUCCCCACUGAUAUUAAUUAUCAUAGGUUCAUGAAGUCUUUUUUUGUUCUCACACAUAGCGUUCCUCUUGCAGUGGUUGUUUAAUGCAUGCAGUGACUGGCAGGGAUUGAAGCACAGAUGUGGAUGUGGUUGUGAAAUGGUAUUGGCUCCUGUGAGAGAUUGUAAACCCACAGGGGAUUCCACACACAUCUGUAAUCCAUCCUCUAAUAAUCAGGUAUUUGGGAUAAUGGGUCCUGUAAAGUUUCCCUUGCAUUUAUUAACCUUGAUUUAGCUUCCCUUUAUAAUGAGUUCUCUGGACAGCAAAGACACCUUCGGUCAUGAAACUGCAGUUGGGUCACGACAAGAUUAGGUACAAUAGCAGUGGGUGGCUGGUGUUACAGGUGAAAGAAAAAUAACCCAAUUAUCCAAACGCAUCCACGGACAGACAACUGGGAUAACAUUGAGAGAUAUGUUCCUACAUGAUGCACGUUUUCACAUGUUUCCUAUUCUGAGAUACCGUCAUUUUGAAUUCCACUGUAGAAACGUCUGCUUAGUGUGAGGUCUUUUGCAACUUGCCAAUCCUGUGUUCGUACCAAAUACUGUAUGAAUCUUACAAAUUAACAUGUAUAUACUUGUAAAUAUGCAGAAUUUAAAAUUAAUGAGUCAAAUAAUUAAACACAAUAGGAAAAACAAUGGAAGGCUUUACCUGUGAUCUGUUUUGCUUAGCAAAACGGUACUUUUUUUUCUUCGGACACAGGAACAAAACAAAUCCAUCUGACAAUUUUCCCUUUCUCUCUCCAUGCUAGGCCUGAGAUUAAGCUGUCCUACGAGGCUGAAAUAUCAACAAUUUUUAAUAAUAAUAGUAAUAAUAAGCCUUUCA